GUUUACCCUGCUCCCUCGGGAGGCGGGAGGCGGGCUGCGGUCAUGUGACCGGAGGUCUGGUUAGCUCUGCCCUAGACAAUGCUGUGAACGGAAACCACCUCUGGGGCCAGCAAGAAAACCCGGCGGAGCGGGGGUUUUCGUACAGAGACCGGGUUUUCUUCUUACGGAGACUAAAGGCCAGGGGCAAGGCAGAGAGACGCUCCUCCCCCUCCCCGGAGGCCCCCCCAGCCCCUGCGUUGUCCGCCUCCCGCCCAGCAGGCAGCUUGAGGAGGGGCGCAGGGAGCCGCCGCCGCGGGCUGCGUGAGUAGCCAUGGGGCAGGGCGUGAGCGUGGACAGCCACCAGUGCUCCGGAGUUCUACGGCAGCUCUUGAAGGCGCGAGGAGUCAGCGUGGCAGAAAAAGAUCUCCAGGGCUUCCUGGCCGCGGUCCCCAAGUACAACCCGUGGUUCGCGGAGCACUCACGUCUAGAUCUCCGGGAGUGGGAGAGGGUCGGGGAGACGCUAAAAGAGACGCGGGGCCGCGUACACAAGAACGCCCUGGCCGUGUGGACACAGGUGACGUUAGCCCUGGAGCCGCUGUGGGGGGACCCGGCCGGCCCAGACGAAGAGCAGGCGGUGCCCGGUGCGCCCGCCGCGCCCUCUGCGCCCUCUGCGCCCGCCGCGCCCGCCGCGCCCGCCGCGCCCGUGGAGACGCCUCUGCAGAGGGCGCUGCGGGAAGGCGCGCAGGACAUGGACGUGGAGGACAUGCUGGCCUUCCUCGACGCGGCGUGGCCAGCGCCCGGGACCGCUGUUGAUUUCAGGAUGAUCAAGGCGCUGCGGGAGAGCGUGGCUGAGAACGGCCUCCGCGCCCCCUUCACCAUCACCCUGGUGGAGGCUGUGUCUCGGUUCCCGCUCCCUCCUAACGACUGGUUUCAGCUGGCGCGGGCCUGUCUCAACUUUUGGGACUUUGCCAUUUGGAAGAGCGAAUACUCGGAUCAGGCUCAGGGCCAAGCGAGCCGGAACAAGAGGCUAGGCGUGAACAUCUCCUUGGACAUGCUCACGGGGUCGGGCCCGUAUCUGGGCCUCGCUGCUCAGGCCAGCAUGCCGGCCCAGGCCUACCAGCAGAUUGGAGAGUGUGCGCGCCGCGCCUGGUCGGCCUUGCCGGCCCAGGCACGGGCAGAGUUACCGGGCAGCUAUGCAAAAUGCCUUCAAGGCCCCAAGGAGCCGUUCUCGGACUUUGUGGACCGGCUGGCGCGGCGGUUACGGAGACAGGUGGGUAACCCCUCUGUUGAGGAGUUCCUGCUGGGGCACCUGGCGUACGAGAACGCCAACGGGGACUGCAGACGGGCUCUGGGGUCCCUGCCAGACACCCGGACGCUGCCCGAGAUGAUCCGCGCCUGCCAGGACGUCGGCACCACCACGCACCAGGCGCAGGUGUUCGCGGCUGCGCUCGCAGGGGCUCUGCGAGUUUGCUUCCAGUGUGGGAAGAGCGGCCACCUGCAAGCCCAGUGUAGACAGCCGUCCAAGACAGCGCCCGGGCCCCGCCGGCCCGCGCCUGCCGCGGCUCGGAAGUCCCCGAGACAGGGUGGGGCAGGCCCUGCACUGUGCCCUCGCUGUGAAAAAGGAAACCACUGGGCAAGUCAGUGUAGGUCACGGCUUCACAAAGACGGACGGCCCCUUCCGGAGCGGCAGGUGCAGGGGCCGCAGAGCCCACCCACGCGGGAGCCACCGCGGGGAGUGCCGGCCUCGGGGUGACUGCUGUACCCGAGCCAUCGCGCAGGAACACAAGGCCGCUCUUCUCCAGCCAAUGGGAUCCACAGCGUGGGCCCCGCCCCGCGUCAGCGCCCCCCUGGAGCAGGCAGCACCCACCCCACUCCCCACCUGCACUCGGUCGGGACCGGCCAUUCCAGCCCCGUGCCCGCCAGCAGUGGAAUCAGAAUUUACCCCAACCCCUGCCUUCCUCCAAGAGAGCAGCUCAGCCUGCACCCUGUCCUGCUCCCCACCCCAGCCCGCACUCUUGCCCAGCUGCGAAAGCCCAGGAAAAGCCUGAAGCAGCAGCUCCCCUCUGCGCGCUGCCCCCCGCCCCUCCUGACCCCGGGCCGCAGCCCACUCAGCACCAGCUCUCUGCCACCUGUCCAUUCUGUGUCCAGCUGUGAAUUUACUUCUCUUUCUGAAUAAAUCUGUUUUGGCUAUGA